AUAGUUGUAAAAUAGCGCUAUGUCGUUCGUGGUGACAGAAAUGGGAACUAUAAUCGAAAAUAUUAUUAAAAAAAUAAUACAAUUAUUUUAGUUCACACUUACCCAAUAAAUUUAUCAAUUUAAUCGUAAUUAUUAAUUAAUUAAAAGAUAAAGACGUACGAACUUUAUACUCAUUCUUGUUUGCAACAAAAACAAAGAAUUAUAAAUAAUAUAUCGAUGCAUGUAAAAUAAUAAUUAAAUAAAGAAAGCAGAUAAAAAGUUCAUGAUGAUUAGUGUUUGGAGCAAACUGAGAAAUUGGUGUGGUUGGCGGAUUGGAGUAAAACAAAUAUCAAUUGAUGCAGUUAUUCCAUUAUUACUUCCAGCAAUAACAAUCAUUGCUGCUCAAUCAGUAUUUUUAACUGUCAUUGUUUUUAUAUUAACUCCAAUUGUAGUCUAUCAUCUAGAUCAUAAUUUUUUAAGAUUCUUACCACGUUCAAGAUUUUUUCUAAUGUGGACAAUCACAAGUGUAGUGAUGCUCAUGUUAGUGUUUGAAAUGUGUGUUGUACCAUUGUUGGAAAUACUUCCAGAAGAGAAUUAUGUUUUCAUUACUGGAGUAAUAGGAGGAAUAUACUGUGGACAUAAAACUAGAGCUAAAGCGGAUGCUACAAAUCAAGAUGAUGCUGAAAACCAAAAUAUAAGCUUAGAGUCAGAAAAAGGAAGUGGUGAACUGUGUAUUACAUGUAGAAAAAAAAUAUCUCCUCGUACAUAUCAUUGUCGAAUUUGUCAAACUUGUAUACUAGGUCGAGAAUAUCACUGUAAAUGGCUUGAUUGUUGUAUAGGUACAAAUAAUCUAAAAUGGUAUCUUGGUUGUCUAUGUUGCUCAUCAGUGGCAUUUAUUUAUGGCUCUAAUCUCACAAUGACUAGUGUUUGUCAUCCCUUCAUUCUCAUUGGAACCAUUCUCUUACCAGACGAUUGCAGUGAUGUGUACCAUCAAUUGGACCUUGCUGUUUGUUUUGUAUCCGGCGUCUACAGUCUUUUUAUUGGACUUAUUGUUCUUUAUUACCUUAUUUAUCACCUGUGGUUAUUAUAUAUGGGUACAACUACACAUGAACGACUUACUUUAAAUGAUAUACAAUCAAAUACUUUAUUAACUCGUAUAAGACAAUCAAGUUGUUGUAGAUGGUGAAUGUCAUUUUUUGUUUAGUAUUUAUUGAUCGAAAAUUGUAAAAAAUAAUUAAGUUUCACUGAAUUGAUAUAUAUUCGUUGAAACAAAUGUACGCUUAAAUAUUGAUGUAAAAUCUUUAGUACUGAAAGGUAUUUUUAUUUAAGUAAUAUGAUGUUUAGAAACGUAUUUUGUGAUUUUUUAGUAAGAAAUUUUUAAAAGUAAUAAAAUAUACCAAAUGUAACUAGUCAUA